AUGAGUCACUUUGAAUUUGCUAUACCCCUGAAAAAAGAUGAAUUGUUGGAAUCUCAUGCAGGACAAUAUCAUGUGGAGGAUAUUGUGCAACCGCGCGUAUUACUUUCAAAACUACAAGAUGCUGCCCGCGCUUAUAAUUCUGAAGGCGUGGAAUAUAUCUUGGAACACUUUGAUACCUAUUUCUCCAUCAUAGUGCAUGGUAACAAAUUGGAAUGGAAUAUAAUUAAUAGAGGCUUUGAUCACAUAGUGAGAGGUGCUAAAAAUUUGUGCAAUCAUUUAGAACUAAUACUCCAAGAUCAUGAGAUUGAAACUGAUCUGCGAACGAAGAACCUAAACAUUUUAAAAAUGAUAAUGUAUUUGUUUACACAAAUAAUGAAAACAAAGGACACUAAAUUGGCUGCUGAUAAUUCAACUAAGCUCACACUCGGAAAAAAAGGUAAAAAAGCAACAGCUGAUGAUGAUGAAAUAUCUGGCUGGACCGAAUCUGAUAAGCAGGCUGCUUUGGUGACACUACAUUUGUUAUUGCAACAACCAUUGUCUAAACUGUGGGACCCACCUUUGGCAGAGGAUAAUUUUGUUUCAAUGGUAGCAGAGCCCUGUUACAAAGCACUUGAGGAACAAAUAAUAAAGAACAAAUCAGUAAGAGAAUCUGUGUUUCAAGUUAUUGGAGUUCUGAUUAAAAAAUAUAACCAUGGAACUUCAUGUCUUAUCAAAUUGGUGCAGGUUCUCCAAAUGGCAGAACAUGCAGUUUCCCCUAUAUGUGCAGGAGUAGUACAAUUAACCAAAGAUUUUGGAAUUGGAACAUUUGGGCCCCAAAUGGUGCGUGAAAUAGCAGAGGCAUUAGCUUCAAGUGAGGAGGAAAAUGCGGGCGCUGGCGCCGAACAGGGUGCAGCACGUAACUGCGGCGCUUUCCUAUUAGAACUUACUAAAGAACUGCCCAAGGAGAUGACAAGUGCUAUUGCUACCAUUCAACCAUAUCUUGAAAGUGAUGAGUCGUACACACUGCGCAUCAGCGUGUUAGGCAUGAUGUGCGAAGUUCUGAGUGUGGAGCUUCGCGGUGAGGAGCUGACGGAAGAGCAGCGCACACAGCGCGACGACUUUCUUGACGACCUGCACGAACAUAUGCACGACUUGUCAGCCUACGUACGUCAUAAGGUGCUUCAAUUCUGGUGUCGACUCCAACGAGAGAAUUGCGUGCCAGUGAGUAGACAGCGCACUGUAUUAGAACGGGCAAUCGGACGACUCAAGGACAAGGCAGCACUAGUACGGAAAGCAGCCAUACAACUACUCAAAAUAUUUUUAGAAUGUAACCCUUUUUCUGCGCAACUUAAAUUAGAAUUACUUGAAGAACAACUUCAGACUGAACAGAAAAUAUUGGAAGGUUUGCAGAAAAAGAUUAAUCCUGGCCCAGAUGCGGAUUUAGUUAAGAAAUGGGUAGAAAUUGAAAGUGAAGUAGUUAGUUCCAUCCAAAAUAGUAUAAACGUACUGACGCAAGACGAACCUGAGUUAUCACAAGCCUCCUUGGAUAACUUGUAUGAAUCAAUACGUAAACAUUUACGUCAGAAGAAUUAUUAUAAAGCUUAUUUGAUCGUAAAAUACACUGAAAGGCAGUAUCCGGACGCUAAGUUGCUGAGAUGCGAUAUGGAAAAAAGUGACCAGAUUAAUUACUUCGUAGCUCUACUCCGCAACAUAUUCAUUAUACCAGACAGAAGGCAAUCCAUAUCGCUUACACAACAAUGUGAGCAAGAGUUAGCGAUAUACAAACGAGUCGAAGAAAAAGAACACAUAGUCGCAUUUCUCCAAGAAUCUGUACAUUUUAGCCGAAUGGUAUCAGAAGCAGUACCCGUAGUGAAUGCGUUACUAAUGUCGAAGCAAGCUGGCGAUGUCAGCGAGGCAAUAGAUUUCUUUACAACCGCACACCACUUCAAUAUAGAGUCAGCUAAGACGGGUGUAGCUAAUAUGUUGAUGCUUGUUUGGUCGCCAGAUCAGGAAAAACGCGAAGCGGUUGAACGUGCCUAUAGGGAUAUGUACCUAGAGUGCGACAAUAAGGUCGAGCGAGCACGUGCAUUUGCUAUCGCCAAGAAGCUCGUUACUCUGAUGUUGCACAUCGACCGCGGCAGUGCUCUGGCGCUAGAACAUCUGGUGGAUAAGUGGGUGGAGAAAGGUGACAUUACACCUGCCAUCAUACAGGUGUUUUGGGAAAUGUUUUUGAAGAAAAUAGAUGGGACAACGGAUACUGACAGUUACGCGGCAUACUCGUUUCUUGUCAUGAUCUCUAAAGCGAAGCCCUCCGUAGCGCUCGCUAACCUUGACGUCAUACAAACACACGGUCUUACAGCUGACUACACUUCCAGAAAUCUGAGUGUUCAGCUACUACUGACUUUAUCUAAGAAGGGUCAAAGAUACCCAAGCGAUCACACAAUCAUAACCUCCAUAAUCGACAGUCUCAUGGAAACAUUUUCUAAGUUCGAUAAAUUUGCCGCCUUUGCCGCCAAUGCCAUAGACUUUAUAUACGCGAUCUGUGACACUCCUGAGAUAGUUACUGGGAAGCUUUUGGCCGAAAUGUACAAACGUGUGGAAGAAACGAUGGUCAAAGAUACGGAUAAUCAAGAUGAUGUCAGUCUGCCUACAGAAUUGCUAACGCGCUUUGUAUUUGUCUUAGGACACGUUGCCCUACAGCAACUGAUUUAUCUUGAUGUAAGCGUGUACAGCGAACUAAGGCGAAGGAAUCAGGUUCGCGAAGAACGGAAGGUCGAAGAGAAACGUAAGAAGAAAGCAGGCGCGUUCGCUACACCCGGUCGUCGGGGACGAGUGGACGAUCUGCGGCGACAAACUCUUAUGAACUUAAGCAAUUCGAGUGCUUCCUCGAGAGCUCAGCGAUCUGCUAGUGUCACUUCAAAUAAAGGAUCUUCGGUGAACACCACAAUGACGGAGGAGGAGACGGGCCUAGAAGGCGCGGUGGCGGACGACGCGGACGCGGAGUACGUGCGCAACGUGUGCGAGCGCGACAUCGUGCACGGCGCCGCGGCGCUGGCGCGCUACCUGCCGCUGCUGCGCUGGCUGCUCGCCAACCCCGCGCGCGCGCCGCCCGACCUGCAGGCCGCCGCCGCGCUCACCUUCACCAGAUUCAUGUUGGUGUCUAAUGCAGUUUGUGAAGAUGGAUUACAGCUGAUGGUGACUGUGCUAAAGAAAUCCAAGAACGUGUCGCUUAGGACUAACUUAACGAUCGCUUUUGCGGACCUUACUUUACGUUUUCCUAAUCUUACGCAACCCUGGACCCAACACAUAUAUCACAUAUUGAAUGAUGAAGAGCUGGAAGUCCGUCAAUGCGCUGUCAAAAUGCUAUCGUUUUUAGUUCUUCACGAAAUGGUCCGAGUGAAAGGUCAAAUCGCAGACAUGGCGCUGUGCUGUGCUGACAAGGACCCCAAGGUCGCUUCAAUGACACGGCUGUUCUUCAAACAAUUGUCACAGAAGGGCAACGCACUGUACAAUGUAAUGCCCGAUAUCAUAUCAAGGCUCAGUGACCCCGAACUCAAUGUACCUGAAGACAUAUACAGAAUUAUUAUGAAGUACAUAACAUCUCUCAUUCAAAAAGAUCGUCAAAUGGAAGCUCUCAUUGAAAAACUUUGCCAAAGAUUCAAUCUAUCUACAGAAGAGCGUCAGUGGCGUGACCUUGCGUAUUGUUUGUCCUUAUUCACGUACAAUGAGAAGUCUUUGCGAAAACUAAUGGAGAACAUGGAUUGUUAUAAAGACAAGUUACACUGCGCAGGAGUCAUGGAAUCAUUUACAACUUUGAUGAAAAAUACGUCAAAGAUGGCUAAAGCUGAAAUUAAGUCUCUCGUAAAUGAGUUGGGUGACAAAAUAGAAGAAUGUUUCGCGGUGCGCGAUAACGACGAACACAACACCGCAGACGAGGACAGCUCUAGUGAGGCGCGAAAAGGCCGCCCCGACACCGGCGCGGCCCGGCCCGCCCCUGGCGCCGCCCGCCCUGCCGCCGCCACCCCCCGCCGUCGUCCUGCGCCGCGGAGGAACAAGCGCCGCUCUUCCUCUAGUCCUGAUGAGAACGAGCCGCCGAACGACGGUGAUAACUCGCCACCAACUACUGUAAGAAAGUCUUCUCGAAAAGCCCCGACCAGAACUAACAAGGCUGUAGUAAACUAUUCCGAUGACUCAGAUGAGGAGUUUCAGAAAAAAGAUGAAGAUGCAGUUUUCAAGAAACCAGCUACUGCUAAAAAGUCAACGAGAAGAAGAAAAUAA